CACUAGAGAGGCUCAUGUUGAGAGUUGCUGUAAUUUGGAGCUGGUGCCGCGGGGCUCUGCUGUGCUCGCUAUCUCCGCCACCACGCAGAUCGCUUCACUUUCACCGUGUUGGAGAAGGCGGGAGAAGUCGGCGGCACGUGGGUCUACACGGACAGGACGGACCGCGAUGAAUACGGACUCCCCAUACACAGCAGCAUGAACGCCAGCCGUAGAACAAACCUACCCAAGGAGCUGAUGGAUUUUCCAGACGUUCCGUUCAAAGAAGAGCUUCCUUCCUUUAUAGGACACGAGGAGAUGCUGGAAUAUCUGCAGGACUUUGCCAUAAAGUUCAACUUCUACGAAGAUAUACAAUUCCACACACACGUGGAAAAGGUGGAGCCAGUGGCAAAGGCAACACUAGCAGACAGUGAUCAGUGUGGAACUGCAGGAGCCAGUGGCAUGGGUAUUAACGACACAGUGCAGUGGAUGGUUCAGACCAGAGAUCUUGAGCAAGACACUGUGAGAGGGAAAUCUAUGACGUCGUCUUAGUCUGCAGUGGGCACUAUUCAAAACCCUACAUCCCGGCAGAGAUCCCUGACCUCGAUAACUUCCCUGGUACUGUGGUCCACAGUCACGUCUUCCGUAGACCUGAUCGAUAUGCAGGGAAAAGAGUCCUCAUUGUGGGACCGAGAGCCUCCAGUAGUGACAUUCUCCUCCAUGUGGCUCCACUAGCUCACUC